AUGUGGCGGAUUGCAGCCCUUCUUUGCGUGGCGGUGGCAGAUGCGAAAGAUGCCAAGCAGAUGGAACAGAUGCUGCAGAGCACGCUGGAUGGCAUCUCCCCAACUGUGGCCUCCAUCUCGCAGGAGCUGAGCAACGGAGUGGCACAGAUCACCCAGAUGUCGGCGGAGAUGACCAUGGUCCCCGGCCAAAUGUUCACCGCCAAGAUGUUUGGCAACAAGGAGCAGUUGGCCGACUUAGAGUCGAAGAUGGCGGGCCUGAAAGAGAAACUCUGUGCGCAGGUAACCACACUCGGAGAGAAGACGGAGAAGGAAGGGUCUAAGGUGGAGGCAAGCUUGAACAGUGCGAUCAGCCAGAUUACCCAACACACUAUGAAGGAUACCGGAAAAAGUGCGGAGGACACCACGAUUGCCUCCUAUCUCCCGAAGUUUCAAGCUCUUUCGGGAACACUGGGGGCGGCUAUGUCCGGCACGAGUGCAAUUUCUGGACUUGCUGGCGGGUGCAAGACAGGACCGGCGACAGCACCUGAGGCCACAAGGCUCUAUGAGGCGUCCACACCAGCCAUCCACUUUCCAUCAGCUUUACUUGGCGCAGUGGCUGCCGUGGCUGCAGUGGGUGUCGUGUUCGGUGUCCUUAGCAUGCGCCGGGCCCGUCUCGACAGCUCUGCGCUCCUGCGCAUGGAAGAGGGUCAGGUGGAGUGA